UAAACAACAACAAAUCGCCGUCGCUUUUCUUUUGCACCAUCAUCAUCGUUCAGUGUGGAAGCCAAUUUUAGUCAGCGCUCCGUAGUUAGUUUUUCGUUCGUUUUCUGUGUGUAUUGUGUUGUGUUAAAUCGUUUAUUUCGUUAGCUUAUUGUAAUUUGUGCAUGUAAAACGAAAGUGUGUGAAAUUGCACCGCUCAAAGCACAGUGUGAAUGGUUCGUGAAGGGAGCACCAAACCCGCGACAGACCCUGGCACUUUACGCCCUUUUUGGUACGACAAACGCACACCCCACCGCCCCCGGUGAUGGCCGCCAACACGCCCGUGGACAGCAGCAGUCCGACCAUACCGCCGGAGAAAAGCAUCGUGCUGAAGGGCUGGGAAAAGCUGGACGACGAUGUUAUCAUCAAGGAGGUGUCGACCAAGGGCAAACACGUCAACCUCUGCAUCCAGUAUCUGGCCGAGCGGAACGAGCUGUCGAUGAAGGAGGCAAAGAAUUACUUUCUCCAGAAGGUGAACGCGUACGUCUAUCGGCUGCUGUCGAACCGGCAGCUCUACAAGGCGCACCACAUCCUCAAGAACAUCGAUCGGGUCCCGCGGUACGUGUUCUACCAGAUUGCGGCCGAAACGAGCGACCACGGGCUGCGCGACUACAUACGGGAGCACUUGGCCCGGACGGUGGAAAAUUACUCCCACGGCGAGGAGGAACGGAUCGCGGCCAGCUGGCGCGUCUACACCCAGCUGAAGGCGAACGUGCGCCAGAUGGCGGAGGUGCUGAACGAGGUGACGACCGGGUACACGGUGCUCGAGAUCGAGACGAUGUCGUUCAACACGUUCUGCAUGAAGGAGGACGUCUACCGGAACUCGGUCGCGGUGGAUUUGUUCUUUAAGAAUCAAGAAACGGAAAUCUCGCCCAUUCUCGAUCGCUACACCGUGUGGAGCUAUCUGCUGAAGAACAACAUCGCCAACCUGGUCAAGAUAUGGAUUCAGCUCAACAGUUGCAUGCGCCGCUGCCUGCACGAGGGCGUAGAUCCGACGCCCCACCUGAUGCGCAUCAAGAUCGACAUCUACGACGAUGCGCGCUUCAACGAGCGGCUGCGGCAACUGUUCCAGCGGUGGGAAAUAGAUGAUUUUAUGCUAUCGCAGCUCUCGCACCACCGUACGCUGUCGCGCAACGAAAUUCUGCUCAACGAGCUCGCCCGGCUGGGCAAAUUUCUCGACCACGAGCGGAACGAUGCGGUGGCGAUCCUGCGCCGUCUGUUUACGACCGAAAGCUACAAGCAGCACCGGGAGUGGACGGAAGCGAAAUGGUUCCGCGAGCAGCUAACGCGCCAGCUGGUGGAGAAUCGCUUUUUCACCCUGCUGGCACUGCCGAUCGUUUGCGAGGAUUUGCUCGCCCAGAUUGCAACGGAUGCCGGCGCCCAGCAUCAGCGGGAGGUGAAGGUGUUUUUGGAGCUGCAGAAGCUAAAGGAUAGUGCGCUGAGCGGGCAGGAGCUGCUGAGCGUGUCGCGCACUACGUCCGAGUACAUUCUGCAGCAUAAUCGUGCCUUUUACGAGGAGAACCCGAUCGUGUAUCUGUUCGAGUAUGGGUUGGAUGAGCGCAAGGCACAGUUCGAUGGGGAUGAUCCCAUUCUUGCAAAGCUACCCCAUCUGCACAGCUUUAUAAAGCGCUGCAAGGGUGGACAGAGUGGCGAAGAGUCGUGCGACACGCUCGUGAGGAAGCUACUAGCGAUAGCGGGCAUUCCCGAUCCGGCGAAGGUGAAACAGUUUCUCUUCCACGGCACGCGCACCGAUGCGAACGGAGCAGUCGAGGAGGAGGACGAACGGGCGUCACAGCUCGAGCUGCUCGAGCAGUACGGUUCGCUGCCCCACUUUAACCAUCCGCUGCUGGUGAGCAAGUACGGACAGCCGGUGACACUACGCUACAUGCACUACAUCCGACUGCAGCGCGCGUGCCACGCCGUGUACGAGUUCUAUCGCGAGCAGCUGCAAAACUACUCCCAGAUAUCGACCCGCCAGCUGAACAGUGCGGCCCAAACCGUUGCCCAGAUGGCGAUCGAAUCGUACUGGGAUACGGCCCUAGCCACACACGCCAUCGCGUUUAUGGAAAUGAUUGGCGUAAGCAGUGUGCCGACCCGGGCCUAUCUACGCUGCUUGACGCUGGUCGGUGGAACAGCGGGCAAGCAGCAACAGCAGCCUGAAGAGCCAGCCAGGCUCACGGUGGCCGCUUUGCUGAGGCGCUGCGAGGAAGAGAUCCGCGAUAAAUCCCUCGACGACCCGGAGCUGCUUAUCGAUCUGGAAGCGAUGACGAUCGUGGCGAAAGCGAAUGCGCUACCCUACCCGGUGGCGUACUUGCAGGAGCGUUUGCUGGCUGAGAACGAUUGGUAUCGGUUCCUGCUGCUCGUCGACUAUCUAAACUACCCCCAGGAGCAGAUAGUGGAACUGUGUCGCACCGGCUUUGUUGAAUCGCGCAUUGGAAGAAACCUUAUGACGGCGCUGCUGCAUCAGCCGAGGGUGGUUGAGGUUGCCCGCGAUGGACAAACAUGCUCGAGCUCUUUUACCUCGAUCAAGCGACGAUCGAGCUUGACGCCACGCCGUAGAAGAAGGGGAAGCAGCACUGCAACUGAUUCGAGCGGGCAUUCCAGCAUGUCGAGCGAUCCCGAUGCUGUCUCCAUCGCACGCAGCACAACGUCCGGUAUGGGGCACAACGUCACCAGUAUCUCCUUACCGCUGCAGCUCCCUGCGACGGACAUCUCUACCAGCUCGUCCAACCCACUUUACGCUGGGGCCAAUUUCCUUUCCGAACGCUACGACACGGAUCUCGUUUCCACGAUCCUGCUCUGCUCGAAUGAGCCCAACCCGUACACAGCAACGGCCAGCCAGCAACCGUUCGAUUUCGACGCAUUCAAGCGACUCGCUCUGCAUCGACACGUGCCGCAACGCUAUCCGCACACCUACCAAAACCUGCUCGAUCGUGCAAUACGAUCCGGGUGGCCUCUGUUAGCUUUACUGGCCGGUGACGUAUGUCCCGAGGGAAGCGAAAGCCGCCGCUACUGCUGGAUCGUGUGGGCAAUGCUGGCGGGAGAGUAUCCGUACCGGGAGAAACUCUCCGAAGAGUCGGAACGACCCCCAGAACGUGCGUUUGUGUGCGGGCUGGUCGAGCAUUUGGUACGCACAGCACGGCUUUGCACACUCGCCAGCUCACUUGCCAUUUUCUAUCCCGAUUCUGGCUGGUACCAUCUGGCGGCGUACCUCGCACUCACGGAAAAUGUCCUCUUCGAUGCGGACCGUGCCGCUGAACUUUUAACAAACUUUCUAGCCCGCUCGGCCACGGCCGGCGAUGAGUGCUUCCUGCUGCACAUACCCAAGUAUGAAAUGUUUAACUUUUGUGCCCGACUGCUCAUGAUCCACCUGGACCGCCGUACGUCGAUGCAUCAUCAGCUGCUGCUGCUGCAAUCGUACGUCCGGUGUGACUUUCGCUGCUUCCUGGUGGCUGGGAUGGAUUUCGAACGGAUGUUAAAGAUGUGCGAAAUCGUACGGCACUGCGAGGUGACGAUCGAUUUCCUCACCCUGUACGAGUGCUGUUCGGGGGGAGGAAAGGAGCAACAGCUCGCCCUGUACGAGUCGCUGUGUGAGCAGCUCGUCGCGAAGAAGCACCACGAGGCAGCAAUCGCACUGGCCGAUGAGGCAGGACUCCCGCGGGAAAGCAUUAUCUUCGAGCAUUGGGUGAGCGGGUUUGAAGCGAACGGCCGCAUUGGCCCAUUCGAUCGGUACCGGGUGGAGAGUGAACGGUACGCGCUUGGCCCAGAGCUGCGCAUCAGCUUCUUCACGCACAUUGCCAAUCGGCUCGAGUACGGCGAUCGGCAGCGGUACGAUUUGCUGCGCUGCGCGCUUGAAUUGAUCCGCGAGCAUGGGCUCUACCCGAGCGAAACGUUCGAUCGCGAUCGGUUGGAGUACGAGCUGGCACUGAGCUACAUACGCUGCACGGAGGAGCACCUGGACCUGUACUGCUCCCAGUACUGGUGCAACAAUCAGCAGCAACAUUCACCGUCGACGGCGGCCAUACUGUACCACACGUUUCUCGAGCUGAAAGAGGUAGCCGGGAUUGAUGAUCUCACACUCUCCAACGUCCCGCUAGCACAGCCGGAAGAGCGGCUGCGGCUCGAUGCGCUCAUCAACCGGCUGCUCGACUGCGGCGAUAUUGUUCAAGCGUUGCGCUAUCAGGCCAUAUUCGAACAGCGACCGGUCGAUCUGCACUUUAUCGUGUUCUGCAUGGCACUGGCGGAGGGGCUGGUCAGUCUGUACAACCUGUCGAAGGAGGAGCGCAUGCUGCUGAACGAGGAUAGUGCCCGGUCGUCGGGACGGUUCCAGCGGCGCACGUUGCGCUUUAGUCGCGUUAGCCAGAGCAGCCAGAUUGGUGGAUCGCCGAUGAAGAGUGGGCAGGCGCAGCUGGACACGUCCGAUGCGAGCACGACUGCAAUGUCCGACUUCGAGGAGGUACCGUCCCGUGACAAGCAAGACAUUUUCGAAGCGAUCAGUGCCCUUGGCAAUCGGAUCACGCACGGGCAGGAUCUCGCACAGCGUGUCAUACUCACGUACCGCGUCGCCAUGUACCUGGACCGCGAGUACAACGAGCUGCUGAAGUUGCGCGAUCCACUCGCCUUCCUGCCCGAGGUGGUGCGGGAAGACUGCGUGCACAAGCUGGAGGUGGUCAGCGACAUCGUUACCGCGACGCGCAUGAGCAUCGACAGCUUUACCGAUUUUCUCGCCUCGGAAAUCGUGUCCGCCGUCGUGCGGUCCAAGUUCUACCUCUUCCAGCAGCAGCCCACGAACCACUCGGCCACGGACGAGCUGCUCUGGGGCUACAACAUCGAUCGUGAGUUCCAUCUCUUUCUGGAGCUUGCGCCCAACACGACCGCGCUGGGCAACGUGCUGCUGCGCUACUGCAACGCGCUCCGGCUGUACCGCAAGCGGCGGGAUACGGCCGGCGAUGGUGCCGGUGUGCAGGACGCACUCGAGUCUUUUGCAACCAUUCCCGCCCUGCGGCUGCCGCCUGCCACCGGCACCGAUCUUGUGGAGCGUUUGGAUCAAAUCCUCCAGGGCCAGAUCCUCUCGCUGAAGAAGCAAAACACGAUCAUUGUGGCGCUGCUGGUGAAGGCGCACGAUUGCUUCGUGCACGAAUGCUCUAUGGAGGGCAUCAUGGAGGUGCUGGCGUGCUGUAAAGCGCUGACCGUCAUCCUGACGGCGGCCAAAUCCUGGAACCUGAUCGUGCGGCUGCUGGUGGGCAUUGGCCGGUACCGCGACAUGUACUACUGCUUCGAGACGCUCAUCAACCACGAGCAGUUCGAAUCGCUGCUCGGCCAGUUUGACGAUCGGGCGGCAAACGGGCGACGGUUGCAGUGCGCCAUCAUCACCUUCCUGAACGAGCACUGUCCCGAGCGGCGCGAUUACUUCCGCCUGGCGGCGCUCCACUUCCGCAUGUACCGGGAGAUCGCGGAGCUGUGGGAGUCGGAAGCGCACGGUACGAUCGAUGCGAUCGUGAAGACGUACGAGCUCAAGCAACCGGUUGCGGCGAAAAUGGCCUCUUCCUCACCUGCCGUGUACUGCCAUCGGCUACAGGCAACUCCCUUGGUGCAGACGGAACUAACCAGCGCAAUGGACGCGUUUACACACGCCACGGAAAACUAUCUGCUAGAUAACAAUCUGACGCUUGCGCAACGAGCCGCAGCCAAUGCGGAGCUGAUAGCGCUACAAAUCUCCUACGUACGGCAAGCACUGGCCGCAUCCGAGAAGGGACAGGGCGAUGUGAAUCCUUCACCGAGCAGCAGCAGCAGCAGCAACACAAGCAGCCAGACCACUGCCACCUGUCUCUCCGUGCUGAACAUUCGCCCACCGAGUGAAGACAAUCGUCGGGGAGGAACGAUGCAGGAACCGGCGGGCACCACCAACGUUGCUACCGGCACGCUGCUCUACUACAUCAACUUCCUGCUGACCGUCCCGCAAGCGCUCAUCGUGGGCCGGGCGUACGGUAUCGAAAUUAACUGGCCCGGUGCAAUCUAUCAGCACUACAUCAUGCAGGGUGAAUCGGCGUACCUGGAGGACUACCUGGACCGGCUCCCGCUAACGGACGGGAUGAUUGAAACGCUCGUGAAACUGUUCCAGCUCGAACCCUCUCUGACACCGCGCAUGGAGCAAGCGAUCGGGACGUUUAUCGACCGGAUACACUCCGUGACGCUCAAGUAUCGGCUUGCAUCGCUGCUGGGGCUGAAGAAAACGAUCCACGGACUGAUAAACGGGGGCGCUGUGUACUAUCUGAAGGACACGAACUAUGGCAAGAACGAUGUGGAAUCGAUCGCGGGCGGCAGCGGUGGAAGCAGUGGUGCCGGCAACAGUGCUUCAUCGAGCAUGGCAGGAGGAGGAAGCGGUACACCCGGCGGUGGUGGUGUUGUUAGCAUGACAAGCAGCUUGGUGGGGAGCGCGAGCAUCACAAGCAAUACCGUAUCCCUUCACACCAUGUCCAGCACGUGAUGAUGAUGAUGAUGAUGAUGAUGUUGGUGGGAGCAACUGUGAUGAACCUUACUAUGGGCAAACUAGCCAGAGCUUGCUCAAGGUGUUUUACAGACAUUUUAAGUCAAUGUGUUGUGUGUAAUGAUAGAAAAAUUGUAUUUAUUUUGCUUCCAUGGCAUUAUGGCAAUAAAGUUGUUAGGAAUAAUGUUCCGGUUGGA